AUGACCCCCUCCAUCACGGUGCAGCAAGUUCGGCUCUUGCAAGAAUCCACCAUGAGGUGUUUCUUUCUGCUCCUCUUCCUGGAGGGUUGUCGCUCUAGUUUCGAAACGCCAUUGACCAUAGAACCCAGUUCUCUGGCUGGUUGGAAAGGAUCCUGUAUAUUGAUUCCAUGCCAGAUCAAGAAUACAUACGGUGGUCGUUGUCUUAAUAACAUCUCCCUGAUCUGGUAUUUUGACCCUUCUUAUGAUGGCAAAGAGUAUACUGGCACCAUCUUGUACAAUAGCUCUAGGACCUCCCAAAAGCACGUGAUCCCAACAAUAGCAGGUUUACAAGAACGCGUGACAUUUGCUGGUAAUUUAAAUGAAAGAAAUUGUGACUUGAAGAUUUCCCAGCUUCAGACAAGUGACCGUGGUUUAUAUGGAGCAAGGCUUCACGGCAUCCUUGAAGACGAAACCAUUGUAAAGGAUUGGUUCCAAAGUGCAAGUGUUAAUAUUCUUGACUCACCGCUGAAACCUAAGCUGCAAAUCUACCCCGAGGAGACUGAUGAUGGAUUGACAACCAGUGUCAGCUGCUCAAUGUCUUACCAUUGCCCGGAUCAGCCAUUAACAUUGGUUCUCCAUUUGGAAAAUCGAUUGGGUUUGAAGGAGCAGCAUCCGUCGAUCCAAAGACCCAGUGACAAAAAUAGAGAGGUUCGCAAAGAGCUGAGUUUUGUCCCAACCUGGGGGGAUCAUGGCAAAUUGCUGACAUGUUCAAUCACAGAUAAGGGGACAGAGAUAUCCCAGAGUACCCGGAAACUGGAUGUGAAACUAACGACUGACUGCAUAUCUUUCUUUCUCUCAUGUUGGCUUCCUGCAGAUGCCCCCAAACCAGUGGAACUGAGGGCUUCUCCCGGAACCACUCUCCGAGAAGGGGAGACACUUUCUCUUGAGUGUCUGGUCAGAACCAGCCAACGUGCUGUCCUUGAGUACCAAUGGUGGAAGGAUAAUCACUUGACAAAUGGAAGAAUAAACGAGAGCAGAAUGGCAUUUGAUCCUGUAGGACGGCAACAUUCCGGUCAUUAUAAAUGUGGAGCAAGAACUACACUUGGAACUACUGAGUCUAAUGAACUGCCCAUAGAUGUCCAGUAUCCACCAGACGAGCCCAAAAUCGCCUUCUCAAGCAGGACCGGAAAAGAAGACGUCGCUUUGCAUUGUUGGUCCACAGCCAAUCCCCCGAUCACGCAUUACGAAUGGUAUAAAUGCCCUGCCUUGGACAUCAUCAGCUCCCAAACAGAGCUGCACUUUCCAAUGAUCCAGCCCAACAAUUCUGGUGGUUAUUAUUGCAAAGCCUACAAUCCCAUCGGCCACUCAACGUCUUCUGUUGUCACUCUGAAUAUCCAUUCUGGUGUCUGGAAUUAGCAAGUUUGCAGUCUAACUUUCAAGAGCAAAGCCAAGGAUCAGGGCCCUAAAACUGAGGCUGAGUAUGUCUGAUGGAUGAAGAAAGAAGAGGCAAGAGAGGAAGAGCAAGAAGAGGGACCCUAACUCAGCUCCCACCCAUUUUCAUUUUUCUGCCUCCCUUUUCAUCCAGGUUUUCACUGUUCUAUUGUUCUAACAUAUUGUUCUUUCGGAUAAAUGAUCAUUGUUUGCUAAAAUGUCAUUAAAGAGCUCCUUGUUUCAAAAA